CCGCUCUGCUGGAAAACUCCAAAACUCAUUUUUCAAAUCAAUCAAUCGAUCGAAGUUUCAAUUUCAAGGGAGAUUUACCUUUGAGAUCUCCGUUAUUUACACUGAUUACUUUCCGAAUCAUCCAGAAUAUUCCACAAUCUACGAAUGCUCUCAAUUUGAUCGAGCGUUUUCGCUAAGUUGUCUUCUCCAGUUUUGUUUUCACAGUACACAAAUUGGGAAGACAUGGAAAGCAUCUUGCCAACGACGUCGUUUUCGUCGUCGUCAAAAUCGGAAAGGCGGUCAAAAUCAAAGUCUAGUCAAACAUCUAAACCUUCUCUAGUAAUGGCAUUAAUCUCUUGCUUCGCUUGGUUAUAUGUCGCCGGAAGGUUAUGGCAAGAUGCAGAGUACAGAAUGGUAUUAGGUAGUCUUUUGAAGAAGAACUCAGAGCAGAGACCAAAGAUGCUGACAGUUGAAGACAAGCUAAUGGUUUUAGGAUGCAAGGAACUGGAGAGGAGAAUAGUUGAAGUCGAAAUGGAAUUAACAGUGGCUAAGAGUCAAGGUUACCUCAAGAAUCAGUUGAAGCAUAGUGGUUCAUCUUCGGGCAAACAACUUCUGGCUGUUAUAGGAAUCUAUACGGGAUUCGGAGGUAGAUUGAGGAGAAAUGUGAUCAGAGGGUCUUGGUUGCCAAAUGUUGAUGCUUUGUCGAAACUUGAAGAAAGAGGAGUGGUUGUGCGAUUUGUAAUUGGUCGGAGUCCCAACCGUGGCGAUAGCUUGGACCGCAAUAUUAAUGAGGAGAACCGAGAAACAAAAGAUUUCUUGAUUCUAGAAAGUCAUGAGGAAGCUCAGGAGGAGUUGCCCAAGAAAGCUAAAUAUUUCUUUAGUUCAGCAAUACAAAAUUGGGACGCAGAGUUUUAUGUGAAAGUUGAUGACAACAUUGAUGUUGACCUUGAUGGGUUGAUUGAGCUCCUUCAAAACCGCCAUGGUCAAAAUAGUUCUUACAUUGGAUGCAUGAAAUCUGGAGAAGUAGUUGCAGAAGAGGGAAGGGCAUGGUAUGAGCCAGAAUGGUGGAAAUUCGGAGAUGAGAAAUCGUACUUCCGGCAUGCAGCUGGUUCGGUUCUGGUGCUUUCCAAAAAUUUGGCUCAGUAUAUUAACAUAAACAGUGCUUCCUUGAAGAGUUAUGCGCAUGAAGAUACAUCAAUUGGAUCAUGGAUGAUGGGUCUUCAGACAACUUACAUAGAUGACAGCCGCCUAUGCUGUAGCACCUCCGGACAAGGUAAACAACAAAGUGUGCUCAUUGGCUUGAACAGGAAAGAUGUCAUUCUGUCUCGUCUUGCUAGGACAACUAUUCCAUUCGUUUUUAUUGGAGCAUACCAUAACUCGAAAAUGGAAACAUCCUGUUUCAUCCCCAGGUACCAUUGACAUUCUUGCUGACGUCAAUCGGCUAUUAUAUACGUGGAGUGAGCUAAAUUCUUUUAUAGGAUGUGUACACUACUAUUGGACUAGAGAAUGUACCCCUCGGAGAACUUCAGUUUCUUGAAGAUGGAGAUAUUUGUGGAUAGCUUUGACUAACUGAUUAGCGUGAUUCAUAAUUAGUGGAACAUAUUUGUUUCUUUUUGUCCU